CCUAAAUUGUACAGGUCUGUAAUUGAAGAUGUUAUCAAUGAUGUCAGAGAAGUUUUUCUGGAUGAAGGAGUGGAUGAACAAGUUCUUAUGGAACUCAAAACACUGUGGGAGAACAAGCUGAUGCAGUCCAAGGCUGUAGAUGGCUUCCAUUCAGAAGAGCAGCAGCUUUUGUUGCAGGUGCAACAGCAGCAACAGCAGCAGCAGCAACAGCAGCAUCAUCACCACCACCAUCAUACACAACCUCAGCCACAGCAGACUGUGCAGCAGCAGUCUCAGCCACAACAAGUCCUUAUUCCAGCAUCUCAGCAAGCACCUCAGCAGCAAGUUAUUGUGCCAGAUUCCAAGCUGAUACCACACAUGAAUGCAUCAGGCAUGAGUGCGGCAGCCACUGCAGCUACAUUGGCUCUCCCUGCUGGUGUUACUCCUGUUCAGCAGAUACUUACAAAUUCAGGCCAGAUCCUCCAAGUAGUUAGAACUGCAAAUGGAGCUCAGUAUAUCAUUCAACCACAGCAGUCAGUUGUUCUACAGCAGCAGGUCAUACCACAAAUGCAGCCUGGUGGAGUACAAGCACCUGUUAUACAGCAGGUUUUGGCUCCUAUCCCUGGAGGGAUUUCCCAGCAGACAGGAGUGAUUAUUCAGCCUCAGCAGAUCCUGUUUACAGGAAAUAAAACACAAGUCAUACCUACAACAGUGGCUGCCCCUACACCAGCUCAAGCACAGAUUCCUGCAGCUGGUCAGCAGCAACCACAACAACAACAGGCACAACCACAAGCACCACUUGUCCUCCAAGUUGAUGGAGCAGGGGACACGUCAUCUGAAGAAGAAGAAGAUGAGGAAGAAGACUAUGAUGAUGAUGAAGAGGAAGACAAAGAAAAAGAUGGGGGUGAAGAUGGCCAAGUUGAAGAGGAGCCUCUUAACAGUGAAGAUGAUGUGAGUGAUGAAGAAGGACAAGAACUGUUCGAUACGGAAAAUGUUGUUGUGUGCCAGUAUGAUAAGAUUCAUAGAAGUAAAAAUAAAUGGAAAUUUCAUCUCAAAGAUGGCAUCAUGAAUCUUAACGGAAGAGAUUAUGUAUUUUCCAAAGCCAUUGGGGAUGCAGAAUGGUGAAGUUUUAAAAGACAAAACAAAAAACUCCCUGUAAAAGGAAAAAAAAUCAAAAGCAGGAAAGGUUGAGACUUGGAUGUA